AUGCUAGAAGUUGAUAGCGACAAUCAUCUUCGGAAUAUAAAAAUAACUGCGCAGUCGAUAUGCAUCAAAAUUAUUAAGGAAUUCUCGGAAGGUGUCGUCUCGCCCGAAUCUGUCGCUGAGUUUUCAACGUUUGUUAAACACAAAUUAAAGGAGGAAAGGUUACAAAAAGAAGAACUUAUCAAAUUGCAUCGAAUUGUUUUUGGCACAGCGUUCACAGUUUUGAAAGAAUCAAUGAAAAAUGAGGACAGAUUUAAUCUACAUACGUUUAAUUCCUCCUUGCAGAUAAUCAAUAAUAUUUUUGAAAACUUGAAAGCUGAAGAUGCGGAAGACUUGCUUCCAUUUUUGUGGUCCAUCAAUAGUAGGUGCCUUAUAGUUGGCGAAAACAAAAUCAGUAAUGCAAUUGACUUGGAAAGAAUUGCAACAUUUGAGGCAAACUUUGUUCGGUUUAUGCUUUCUAAUACAAGAAAUAGGAAAGAUUUGUUUUCUAAAGAACAUCAGGGAGAACUUGCAUUUAUGAUAACAUUUCUCAUGUCUAAGUUCUGUUCGCAAAAAGUCGAUAUGCCGACCAGGCUUAGUUUAGGAAGCACAUUACUAGAACUUGUCAAACCAUGGGAUGGAUCGGUGAAAAUAAUGACAUCAUUUCUUCCCGGUAUUUGUUCUCGUAUGACUAAACUUGCUUAUACUGACCUGAAUACGGCAAUUAUAGAUAUGGCACUAAAGAUUUUUGGCUGCAGUGUGUCAACUUGCUUGAAUGAUUCUGUUGUUCACAAGCAGGGUGAAACAGAAAAUUUAUCACCUGUUGAAAGCAAGCGAGGAAAUUUUGAAACUGUUUCUGAAAAGAAUAUUACUUACGUCGAAGACUGGGACAAAAAUUUGAAAUUUCUGCUGAGAAGGAUGAGUUCUAGACUCGUUCGAUAUCAAGAUCAUCGUAUUCGACUUGCUUUGCUUAUUCUUUUGCAUGAUAUAUAUAGACAUUGUACCAUAAGUCUUGCUUCUUCGAUUGAAAAUAUUUUGAUUGAUGCUGUUCUGCUAUUGCUGAGUGAUCCAUAUGAAAAAAUUGCUGAAUUUUCGCGAAAGAUUAAAGAAUACUUAAUGCAUGCAGUAAAGGAAAGUUUCAUCAAUCGUUUGAGGGAGCGUUUGUAUUCGUUAUCUACUACUAUACCUACGGAAGCCAUUGUUAGCGGAGAUAUUGAAGGAUGUUUAAAACAGUUGCUGGGAGUGUUGUUUUCAAUGAAUUCCGAAUGCGACGACUUUUUGUUAGGUGGGAAAUUGCCUGAGCAACUGGUGUCCGCACUAUCAUCGGCACUUCGAUUGGAUGUUAAACGAUUACGUUUAAGUCGUGAAGUUAUCGAGAAAAACGAUGUUUUAGGCGCAGUAGACGACUUGCCUCUUCUGCACAAUGUAGAAAAGAAAACAAUCAAUCAGAUUGCUGUUCUUUUAGCUACUAGUAAACACUCUUAUGCAAGUUAUUUUUAUGUUUUCAUUCUCUUGGAUUGCAUUUCUGAAAAUAUUGGUCAUACGAAUGAAUUAGAACAAUUGACGGGUAGUUAUCAUUUUGCUGUUUAUUUAUUAAGAGCAACCUGUACACAAAUUACUAAACCAGCUCAAAAAUUUAUUGAUACUUUACAAGUGCUAGUCGAACAAGCUCUUAAACUGCUAGAAACAACCGACAUACAUCAUCCACCACGGGACGACAUUAUUGAAGAUGACAAUGAUGAGCAGGGUAUCGAGAGCUGUCUGGUCACAAUUUUAUUAUCCUUCUGUGCUGCUGCUUUCAGUUGUACUCCUUCUAUUUUCUUAUGCCAAAAGUUAAUGAACGAAACUUUGUUCGAAAUAUUUAAGUGGACGAAAUCAUCAUAUAUAAUUUGUUCAGAAAGUGCUGAAAAUGCUUUAAAAGCUGCCGCUUUGGCAGUGGGAGAAGCUGACGUAUCUUCUCUUUGUGUUACGUAUGGGAAAUAUCUCUUACCAAAAAUAGCAAUUCGUUCAAGAGCUUACAGUAGCAAUCUUCGCACACCUUGUGUACUGUCUUCUUUGCUCGAUCAUUGUGAAAAUCCUGAAUUGUUCGAGAUUACCAGCCACGUUGUUCAAGAGCUUCUGCUUGCAGUUGACUUAGGGUCACAGGAAUGGCUAAUUUUGAUUCUCAGGGCUCUGCUCAGUUUUGGAGUAGCUGUUGGGAAAUGGUUUCCUGACGUCAGGCCUCAAGAAGUUGAAUAUAGUGAGGACGAUCCAGAUAAGAAAGUUCCAAAACCUGACUUUGUUAAAUCUGUAAACAAUGUUUUGAAGAGAACGAAGCAUCUUCUCUUUUCUUCUCACGCACCAGUUCGCUUAUUAAUUCUGAAAAUCUUGGAUGUAUGUCUGAAAGAUUUAAAACACUUCCCGGACGAUUAUUUGCCGAUGAUCCAUGAGAACUGGUUUGCAGUUUUUGACUGUCUUCAAGAGAAAAACUUGAAUGUACGACUGGAUGGAUUUAAGGUUGUUGUAACGAUGUGUGAGCUUUCUGGCAGUUUCUGUUAUCGUCGUUUCAUUCCUCAAGCGUGGCCAUCAAUUCGUAAAUUCAUGCUUGAGCAAAGUACUGCAAGUGCUAAUGCUCAACGAGCUUAUUUUCAUUCGGCUGCUUAUAAAUUUCAGCAAGUUGUUCUGGAAAAUUUGGACAUUGUUUUUCGUUCAAUCGAAGCUCGUGGUGCAGAUUGGAGAAGUGCUAUAGAGAUGGCCAAAGUAUAUUGCGAUGUUUCACAGCCUGAAAACUUUCAAAAUGCAUCAAAAAAUUUGCUUUCCAUGUGUAAGAUGAAAUUAAAGGAAAUCGAUGAUGAAUCGGAAAAUGUAAUCGGUCGAAUUUAG